UUUCAGCUGCUAUAUAGCUACUUCUCUCUUCUCUCUCUCCCUCCUCCCUCCAAUUAGGGUUUCCACUUUGAGAGAGAUUAUCAUAUCUCCCUUCCAGAGACAAAUCUGUGUUACUCCUUCAAUUGGCUAAGGCUAGGUAACUGGCUAAGAGGCUAGCUACUAGAUAUAAUAUCUAUAUAUAUCUUGGAAGGAACAAAGAACAGCUACAGGCUACAGCUCUUAAUUUCUCGCAAGAGCUCCUCCACAAGGGAAAAAGAGAUUAGCUUUGGUGUGCAGUGAAAAAUCAAAAUGGCAUCCUCCAGCUCCUCCUAUAACUCUCCCUGUGCUGCCUGCAAGUUUUUGAGGAGAAAAUGCAUGCCGGGUUGCAUUUUCGCACCUUACUUCCCACCGGAGGAGCCCCAGAAAUUCGCCAAUGUCCACAAGAUCUUUGGGGCCAGCAAUGUGACCAAGCUUCUCAACGAGCUCCUGCCUCAUCAGCGAGAGGACGCCGUGAACUCCCUGGCCUAUGAGGCGGAGGCACGUGUCAGGGACCCGGUGUAUGGGUGUGUUGGAGCCAUUUCUUUCCUCCAAAGGCAGGUCCAGAGGCUCCAGAAGGAGCUUGACUCUGCCAAUGCUGACCUCAUCCGCUAUGCCUGCAACGAAAUCACAACAGCAACGGUGUUGCCUCCGCCUGUUUCUUUACCAACAGGGCUAAAUUCGGUGAUUCAGCCUAAUAUGGCUCCUCGGAGAAGGUCGGUUGAUCAUCAUCCUCAUCACCAGUUUUACCAACAAAUAAACAAUGCUAGUACUACUGGAGGAGCUUUCUCAGCUCCCUAUCUUCCAUGGAAUGAUAUUCAUAACCGGUCCGGGGACAUUAACGAAGGAGGAGGAGGAGGAGGAGAUGGCAGAAUGUGAAGUGAGAUUUGAGACCCUAGCUAGCUCAUCACAAUAAUUGACAGAGGUAAAUAAAACCCAAUUUAGCUAGGGUUUGGUUUCUGAUAGCACUCUAUUGGUGGUGUCAGGCAGGUCAUGUGGUGUUAUACAUAUAUAUGCUUAUUAGUUGUAGAUGUACUCAGUCAGCAGGGUCUCUAGCCUCACGUGUAGUGGUUACACUACUCUUCUAUAUAUAAUUUCGUGCGAGCUAUAUUUAUAUAUAGCCAGAUGGCUUUAGUAAUCUCAUUGUUUCCAAGUAUAUAAUUUGGUGGGUUCAGUGCUAGCUAUAUGUAUGUAUAUACCUAAAUUAUGUCAACCUAAAUAAGCAGAGAAACUUAGUUGCAAGGGGCUAACACUAUUUUACUAUUUUCGGCCAAUAACGUUAUAUCAUAUAUAUGGAGAAGUUAUCACUCG